AUGUCGCCAAUCGGCCGGUCGUCGAGUCGUGGAAACCAAACCUACCAGACUGAUGAAGCACCACCAGGACACGAAGCAGGUGACCCGCGAUCUCAGAACCAAAAUGAGGACACGGAUCGGUUUAAACCCAUCUCAUUCAAGCGAAAACUGAAAACGUCGUCUUCUUUCAGCCUAUCCAAUCUGCUCUCAAAUACCGCGGGCGGUUCGAGUCGUAUAUUUUCCUCCCAGAGAACACGCGAUCAAGCCAAUGGAGACACCUCGCCCCUAGAGUCUCAGGUUUUGAUCGAUCACAAUGGAGAUUCGAAUUCGAAGGAUGACGGUCCACGAGACUGGUAUGUUGAAGGACCGGGUCGGCGGGUAGGCUACGAUGAUUUUACCGCUAUCGACUGGAUCUAUGAGUACACAAAGGAACGGCAACGGAAGCGACUUCUAUACUCAACCGGCCAGGGUAUACUCGGUCAUUUGAGACAAAUCCUCGAAGCGAGUAAUGUGUGGUUUGUCUUGAUCGCGACCGGCAUUGCAGUAGGUCUUCUCGCUGGCGCGAUAGAUAUCACGACGGAUUGGCUAGGGGACCUCAAGACCGGUUACUGUCGAAGUGGCAGCGGUGGUGGUAAAUUCUACUUAAACCGGAGUUUCUGCUGUUGGGGUCUGGACGACCACUCCAAGUGCAUUGGCUGGACGCCCUGGAGUUCUGCGCUAAAAAUUACCUCCAACGCGGGCGCCUAUAUCACUGAAUAUACUUUCUAUGUCUUUUUCUCGGUUGUUUUUGCUCUUUGCGCUUGUAUUCUGGUUCGACAAUUCGCGAUCUAUGCAAGGCAUAGCGGUAUUCCUGAGAUCAAGACCAUUCUUGGGGGAACUCUCAUCCGUCAUUUCAUGGGUCCAUGGACGCUGGCUAUCAAAUCUCUCGGCUUGUGUCUGGCCGUUUCGUCCGGUCUUUGGCUCGGAAAAGAAGGCCCCCUGGUACAUGUUGCAUGUUGCUGUGCGAACAUUAUGAUGAGGCCAUUUGACAGCCUCGCUGGAAAUGAGGCAAGAAAACGUGAGGUCCUUUCGGCCGCCGCCGCGGCCGGAAUCUCCGUAGCCUUCGGCGCUCCCAUCGGAGGAGUUCUCUUUAGCCUGGAGCAACUAUCAUACUAUUUUCCGGACAAAACAAUGUGGCGGAGUUUUGUCUGUGCCAUGGUAGCUGCGGUCACCUUGCAAGCAGUAAACCCCUUUCGUACAGGAAAGAUUGUGUUAUACCAGGUCACAUAUACCCGUGGUUGGCACCGUUUUGAAGUCAUACCAUUCAUCAUUCUCGGUAUCACUGGUGGACUUUUCGGCGCAUUUCUCAUCCGAGUCAACACUAAGAUCGCUCGGUGGCGCCGAAGCCGUUCUGCUUCGCGACCCGUGUUAGAGGUCACGAUCAUAGCACUCAUGACUGCUUUGAUCAACUUUCCAAAUCAUUUCAUGAGGGCCCAAAACACGGAGCUGGUUCAAGCACUAUUUGCGGAGUGCACAAGCGACGCUUACGACCGCUUUGGACUUUGUGUCACCGGACCAAGCGCGUUUGGUAUAGUGACCAUGCUCCUCCUAGCUGCCAUGCUGGCUUUCCUGCUUGCAUCUAUGACCUUUGGUCUUGAGAUACCCGCUGGAAUUAUAUUGCCUUCAGUUGCCAUUGGUGCUCUAUAUGGUCGUGCACUUGGGAUACUCGUUCGAAUGUGGCAGGAGGCCUACCCAAACAUAUUCCUGUUCGCCGGAUGUGAGCCUGACAUACCAUGCGUAACGCCAGGUCUCUAUGCCAUUAUUGGUGCAGCAUCUGCUUUGGGCGGUGCUACACGCAUGACGCUUUCCAUUGUGGUCAUCAUGUUCGAACUCACCGGCGCACUCACGUAUGUCAUUCCCAUCAUGAUUGCUGUGAUGCUAUCCAAAUGGUGCGGCGACAUCUUCGGAAAACGAGGAAUUUAUGAAUCCUGGAUUCAAUUGAACGAGUAUCCAUUCCUGGACCAUCGCGACGAUACCAUUCCCCCCGAUGUUCAUGCUCGGCGGGUGAUGACGCAAUUUGAUGACUUGACUGUGAUCAUGGCGACUGGGCACACCAUAGGGUCACUACGCAUGCUCGUGGCAAACACCACGUAUCGUGGAUUCCCUGUUGUCACAGAGUCUUCCAGUCCUGUCCUUCUAGGAUACAUCAGGCGAAAUGAGCUCUCUUUCGCCUUGACGCACUCUGCCUCUCCUCAAAAUCGUAACCUUGCCGAGGACACGCAGGUUUUCUUCGUUCACCAGCCGUUUGCGGAUCCCGUUGAAACCUUAGAUCUUCGGCCUUGGAUGGACCAGACUCCAAUCACCCUCAACGGUAAUAUUAGCUUUCUCAUUGUGCUUCGGAUGUUUCAGCGGCUGGGCCUGGGAUACGUUCUCUUUGCCAACAAGGGGGUUCUUCAGGGUCUCCUGACCAAAAAGGAUGUCUGGUCUGUGCUGAAUGGAGCUGAAUUUCGCCGUCAAGAGGCUCUACGUGAGAGGGACCAUGACGACAGCCAUGAAUCCGAAGAAAUCGGUCUUCUCCAGAGCCAGGCGAGAAGUAGUCUCAGUGACUCGGUGCCGCAGAACUCAAGAUGA